AUGCCCGGGCCCUUUGUGCAGCGUGGACCACUGCCAAGAGCCCAGUGCAGCCAGGCCAAGAGCGACCUGGGAAACAGCGCUCUUCUUGGACAUUUACACCAAAGCAAAGCCAUGAAGAGGUACCUGCCCUCUGCACCUGAGCUGUUCCUUCAGGCCCUGUGCUGUGCUCAGGGGAAGUCCGCUGAACAUGAGGAGGGAGGAAGACAGGAAGCGCUUGGUGUGGGCUUGGUGGGUGUCACCGUGGAAACGGUCUGGUCACGCCUCGUUACGGGACGCCGACUGUUUGCGUUGGUUGGACAGUCCCGGAAUGUAUUCUCCUGA